AUGCCCCAAAGAACGCCUGUUAUCGAAGUGUCUCAUCUGCCCAGCGCCGCAUCCUUCUACGCGGCCAUCACGCAGCCUCUGGGCCUUCAGUUCCUGUUCACAUCUCCUCCCGGGUCCCCCACGUGUCUCUAUUUCGGCACUGUCACAGACAUCGGCACUAGCAGUCCUAGAAAAGACGUUGUUUUCUCGCUGUCUCAGUCCGUUGCAGCGAUCCCGCGUCUUUCACAUAUAGACCUCAGUGCUGCGUCCUCUAAAGCGGCCCUCGAAUUCUACAAGAAGUCCCAACUCUACAAUAAAGGCUCCAAACACAAUUCUCUUGAGCAUAACCGCGAGGACGGCUCGGAAACCAUCAUCGCGAGAACUGCGGACUUUGACGGAAACAUGAUACAAACGGCAUAUUCAUCACGUGGUGGCCCCCGUCGAGGACCCUCAGUCAUCGAGAUGCCGGGCCCGGAGAAAGAAUCCAGAAGGGUUCUAGAAUGGCAGGAGGAUGUCGCAAGGAGUAUCUCCGGGGCGGCGGAGGAGCAAAGUCAAGUAUCAGGUUCCACGUACCGUGGGCCUCCUGCUGGCCCAGGUACAUUUCGCCGCUCAGAUACCUUUCCCGCAGCGAAGGUCGUGCACCGCGAGACCGUUACAACUGAGAGCUAUAGACGUCAUCACGGGGACGCCCCUGAGAGGAGCUCUUCAGGUGGUGGUGGCAUCAGCGGAAAGGCGUUGAUCGGGACGUUGUUGGGUGCUGCCGCUGGAGCUGCCGUAGCUUAUGCUAUGGUACGUUCAGAAUCACCUGAGAGGGUGUCUACAGUUCCCGCUGGGGGCUCAGGUCGUGCAGUUUCGUACGUGGAGGGAUACCGCGCUCCAGCAUCCAGCUAUACACAUCAACGUCGCGAUAACGUCGUGGAGCGUAUUCCGGCUAGGAGUCUUGUAAGUGAACGAGACACCCAAAAUAUUCAACCUCGCUAUGUAGCGCAAUACACCAUUGCCGCGCCUCCUCAGGAACAUCUUGAGCGAAUCGAUGAGCGCAGCUAUAUUAGCCAUCAGCCCUCCCGCUCGGGACGGUCAGUUGCCCAGUCUUCGAGGGCCAGGAGCCGAAGUCAAGAACAUGAGUCCAGGUAUGAACGGCCAUUGCAAAUCCUCCCUGCUGCUCCGACGCCACGGUCUCGAUCGCCUGUUAGCCAUGUCAGCCAUCGCAGCCGAAAGAGCAAGACCUCCAACUCUGGCUCUAGAAGCCAUUAUGAAAGCGUCAGGGAAAACCCAGAUGCAGCUUCCUACCACAGCGCAAGAAGUACCCGCACGGAAUCAACUAUCAAGCCCUCCGCUGUGACAUAUGUGAGCGCCGCACCAAGUAAAGCGGGGUCCUCGCACAGCAAGACCACGAUCAAGUUGAUGCCGCAAGGAGGGAGUGAGAUUAGUGUUCGACCUAGUCAGGUGGAGUUGCCAAGGAGUUUGGUUAGUGGAGCAGACUAUGCAGAGAGUGUGGCACCGAGUGAUAGUGUGAGCAGUGUAGGGAGUAAGAGGGAGAGGGAGAGGUUGGUUGGGAGGAUGAGCAGGAGAUAA